AUGAAAGUCCUCUAUGCGUGUUCUGCUCUUCUUUUCUUUACAUUCAUUGUAUCAAGUAGUGCCCAUACCCAAGGAACAGUCACUGUUGAUACUCUAACAUUUGAUAAGAUUCUUCGAAGUUUCGAUAUUGUCCUUGCUAAAUUUGACGAUAAAUACCCUUAUGGUGAAAACCAAGAUCAAUUCAAGAAAUUUGCUGAAAACGCAGCAAAUACAAAAAAUCUUCUUAUUGCUGAAAUUCCAAUUGUUGACUACGGUGACAAGGAAAACGAACAAUUAGCUAACGAGUACAAGGUCACCAAGGCUGAUUUUCCAGCUUACAAACUAUUUCUCAAAGGCAAAUCCAAACCAAUCGAUUUUACUGGAGAGAAAACUGAAGAUGGUCUUAAACGUUUUCUUUCUCAACAUACAAAUCUUUGGUUCGGUUUACCAGGUACAUUGGAAGCGUUAGAUAAGAUUGCACGAGAAUUUUUCGAUGCCUCAUCAGCAAGUGAUGAAACUCAAACGAAAUCAUUGAUUGAAAAGGCACGGGAACAAGUUAAAGGUUUCGUCGAUAAAAAAGAGCAAAAGAGUGGUGAUUCAUAUCUGAAAAUUAUGGAAGCAGUUGCUAAACAAGGCGUAGAAUUUCUUAAACGCGAAGGACGACGUGUUCAAAAUUUACUCAAAGGAAAAAUCACGAAUGAAAAGAAAGAAGAAUUACAACAUCGUGCCAAUAUUCUUUUAUCAUUUAAAUCGUUGAAAGAAACUGUGUCGGAUGCAGUUGAUGCUGCUAAAGAGAAAGUUGCUGAUGCUGCCGAAAAAAUCAAAGAACUAUGA